AUGACGAAAAAGUACUCUUCCUACUCCCAAACCGAGCCAACCCAUCUGGAGCAUCUCUCUCCAGUCACCUCCAGGAGAAACUCCUUGGAGGAACCCCCACUUAGAAAAUUCGACGACAUUGUAGCCUUUGAGCAGUAUCUCAAGGACGAGACCUGGGAUAAUGAGUUCGACUAUUUCCACCUCAAGGUGAACUACCUGCCCCCAUUUGUUCUCCACAGCAUCCACGACAACCCGGAGAAGAUCAAACCCACCAUGAACUCGCGCUCGCGCAAGUUUGUUAGACACCUGGGCCACCACAUCAAGAGACACUUGCUCUCGGAGAUCAAUUAUUACACGGGUGUAAACUACAACUUCGAGAAGGCAGUUGUCGAGCACAGGCCGGACGGAAGCAUUCUGUUCCAUCUGCAUGACUACUCGGACCACGGUUACGGCGAGGAGACCGACAAGUACAACAGACACUGGAAGGUGGAUCUGGACGUGAUGUGCAACCCUGAAAAUCCUUACGUGGAGGUUGACAUGAAAAGCGUCCCCGUGUAA